GUGCAGGAUGGCUCCGGAGGUGGCCGCAGUGGAGAAGAAGGGCGGCUACAACCACUUGUGUGACAUCUGGGCUGUUGGCAUCACCGCCAUCGAGUUGGCCGAGCUCCAGCCGCCCAUGUUUGACCUCCACCCGAUGAGAGCGCUGAUGUUGAUGUCCAAGAGCAGCUUCCAGCCUCCAAAGCUGAAGGAAAAAGCCAAGUGGUCUGCAGGUUUCCACAGCUUUGUGAAGAUGGCUCUCAAUAAAAAUCCCCGGAAGAGGCCCUCAGCUGAGACUCUUCUGCAGCAUCCGUUUGUGACCCAGCUGCUGACCCGGAACCUGAUCAUCGAGCUGCUGGACCUGGCCAACAACCCUGAGCUGCACAGCUCCGUCCCACACAGCAUGGAUGACAGCGAGCUGGAGAUUGGGGACGAGGCUCCAGACAAGAUUCAGUCAGCAGGGAAACGUUUGCCUGCGGAGCGGACCGUUUCUGAAGAACAAUUCGACCAGAUAAAGUUUGGACGGCCAGUGAGGAAAGUCACAGAGCCUUACCCUGACCUGGGCUCCUAUGAUGACUGGAGUCUGUCUGGAGACGAAGAUAAUUCACAGAGCCUAACGAUAGCGAGGGCGCCAUCUGCUGAUGUGAGUAUGAACCUGCUUGUCGCUCUUUAUUUCUAUGAGAUCUGA